UUCAAAAUAUACAAAUUCGUCUGUUUUUUGUUUUUGAAUCUUUAGUUUGUCAAGAAACUUCAUCAGUGUAAACAACGAUAGACAAAUAUCCGUGUGUUUAAUUUUCAAAAAAUAUUCAAACUUCUUUGCGAGGCUGCAGUUUAGAAUAUACUAUAUUCAGUGGAAAUCUCAAGGGUGACUCAAAAAUAUAUUCGUUCCAAUAAAAUAUUCAUGUGCAUGUAAAUCGUUUCUGUUGCGAUAACUUACAUACCUUGGUUGUCUGGACUUUUGGAUUGAAAACAAUAAUAUGAAUUUUUAGUGCUACAAUUUCUCACGUAAAAUAAAAGUCAAACAAAAAUGGCAGAACCAGCCAAACGUGCACUGGAUCCUAUUUUCGACUCGAUUGGCGAUGCUGGAAAAUUUCAAGUGAUUCUUGUGCUCUUGGUCUCAGUUUCAAAAUUUCCUGUGGGAUGGCAUCAGCUUUCCAACAUUUUCUUAGCUCCACCCAUCACUGUAACCUGCGGAGACCCUGACAACUCUACAGACGUUUGUUCUGCCGAUUGCAAAGAAGUUAUCUAUGACCGAAGUAUUUUCAAACAGACAAUUCAAAUGGAAUGGAGACUGAUUUGUGAUAAAAAGAUCUAUACAAGUUAUGGGCAAACGAUUUUCAUGUUCGGGAUAUUGGUGGGAAAUGUCAGUUUUGGAAUCUGGGCAGACAAACACGGUCGACGUAUUCCGUUUCUAUUUUCUGCAAUUCUUCAACUGGUCUCAGGAGUUCUUGCUGCCUUUUCCCCCUGGUAUUGGUCGUUUGUGUUCCUGAGAUUUCUAUGUGCCGUAGCUACAGGUGGCAACAUGAUGACAAGUUUUUGCUUGCUUAUGGAAAUAGUUGGCCCAAGUCGCCGUGAAUUUUUUAUGGGAAUUGUUUACCAGGUUCCCUUCAAUCUAGGACACGCAUUUCUUCCGGUGUUUUCCUAUUUCACUCGGGACUUCAGACUGUAUCAAUUCUCGCUGUCGAUAUUCUCUGUUCUCUUCCUUUCGUACUACUGGAUUGUUCCAGAAUCGCCACGUUGGCUCAUGAUGGCUGGCAGAGUCGACGAAUCCGUUCAGAUUCUCGAAAGGGCCGCCGUUGUCAACAAAAAACCUAAGGAAAACGUUCGACCAAAUGUCGAAGAGGCAGUCAGGGCUCGUGCCGCCAGGCAAGAAUUGAAAAAGGCUAAACUCUUCGAUCUUCUCAAGACGCCAAACCUCAGGCGAAACACGUUGUGCAUAUUUUAUAAUUGGUUCGCCGUUGGAUUCAACUACUUUGGAAUAUCGGAAUAUACCAAAAAUCUAGGCGGAAAUAUAUUUCUGAACGUCGUUAUAAGUGCCCUCUUCGGAGUGCCCGGGGUGAUCGUGUCGGUACCGGCAUGCAAAUAUCUAGGCCGGAAGCCAACUUUACUUGCUGCACAUUCAAUUAUUACCCUUUGUAUGCUGGCAUUUAUUUUUGUUCCUGCCGAACAAUCUGAAAUCCAGGUGGCUCUGACUUCACUUAGUGUUUUCGGAGCAGCUACUGCUUUUCCGACAGUAUAUCUGUAUGGAGGUGAGGUGUUUCCAACGGUAGCCCGAAACUCGGGUAUGGGAUUUUCUUCGAUGACAGCUCGUAUUGGAUCAAUGACAGCAACAUAUGCUUCGACUUUUGCAGCAUUUGGAUACUGGUUGCCGCCGCUUGUAUUUUCUAGUCUAGCAUUCAUAGCAGUUCUGUUGACUUUAAUACUUCCUGAAACAAAAGGCGAACCAUUGCCAGAAACACUUGAGGAUGCUGAAAAUUAUGGAAAGCCUAGGGUCCAAUAACGACGUACUGGUAAAAAAAUUGUAUUUCGAAUAUUUGAUAGAAAAUGCAGCUUAAAAACGAAACUUAUUCUAUCUAUUUUGUUUGAUUGAAUUUUCUAAAAAAUAAAGAACAAAAAGGAAAAAAAUUAAUUUCAAAAUA